AUCCCCGUAUGUGAAGCUGUGUGUGACAGAGAUGGCGAAAUUCGCGAGGAAGAGCACGUCGUCUCGUCGGAAGUGCCGCAAAAUGCACUUUUCUGCGCCUUCAAGUGUUCGUAGAAAAAUCAUGAGUGCUCCUUUGUCAAAAGAACUGCGUCAAAAGUACGACGUGCGGUCCCUACCAGUUAGAAAAGAUGAUGAAGUGCUGGUUACACGUGGUCACAACAAAGGCUCUCAGGUUGGAAAAAUACUGCAAAUAUACAGGAAAAAGUGGGUUUUGCACAUAGAAAGGAUUCAGCGCGAGAAAGCAAACGGUGCGUCGGUCAGUUUAGGAAUUCAUCCGUCAAAGGUCGAGAUUGUUAAGCUAAAGAUGACGCGGGAUAGAAAGCGGAUUUUGGAUCGAAAGAACCGGUCCGCAAGACUUGACAAAGAGAAGGGAAAGUACACGGAGGAGACGAUGGACACAGCUUAGACGAGACAAUGUGUUUUGAUCGUUUUUGUGUCAAAUAAAUAAAUCUUGCCAUACAAAAUA